CUAAGUAACAACUUCCCGAUCACCAAGUCAAUGGCUCCUCCAAGUCUUCUUCUUGGUCCUCGGAGCUCAAAAAUUCCCCCAAAUCCGAUUCCAGCUAUCCAGUGGACGCCAAUUACUACGGCGGCAAAGCCACCACCGGCAGACCCCCGAUGGGCUUCACCGAGAACGGCGCACCCACCUUAGUCUCCUCAGGCAACCCCUGCCUCGAUCUCUUCUUCCACGUCGUGCCCGACACCCCGGCAUCCUACCUCAAUCAACAGCUCCCGCUGGCUUGGUCCCACGACGCCCUAACCACCCUCAAACUAAUCUGCAACCUCCGCGGCGUGCGCGGCACCGGAAAGUCCGACAAGCAGAACUUCUACACUGCUGCGAUUUGGCUCCACAACCACCACCCCAGAACCCUAGCUUGCAAUCUCUUCUCUUUCGCGGAGUUUGGGUACUUUAAGGACCUCCCAGAGAUUCUUUACCGGCUUCUAGAAGGUCCUAACGUGAGGGCGAUCCAGAAGAGCCAGUGGUUGGAGAGGAAGAGCAGCGUGGUGGGUGUACUGAGCAGGGGGAGGUUUAAGCGCACAAAGACCGAGAAGCCCAAGGAGCCUCGGGUACCGAAAGUUAAAAAAUUGACCGGAGCGGAGAGGGCACAAUUGGAAAAGGAGAAUGUGAGGGCUUCGAGGAAGAAGAAGUUUCUGGCCAUGGCGAAGAAUGCUGUUGAGAGGUACCAGCGCGACCCGGAUUACCAAUUCUUGCACGAAAGGGUUUCGGAUCUCUUCGCGGAGUGCUUGAAAUCCGACAUUGAGCACUUGAAUUCGGAUAAACAGCCCAAGAAGAUCAGCCUUGCCGCGAAGUGGUGCCCUUCAAUUGACUCCUCGUUCGAUCGGGCAACUCUUAUCUGCGAAUGCAUCGCGAAGAAGGUUUUCCCGCGAGAAUCUUACAUUGAGUAUCAGGAAUUGGAGGAGGAGCAUUACGCGUACAGGGUUCGUGAUAGGCUGAGAAAGGAGGUGUUGGUGCCCUUGAGGAAGGCGUUGGAGUUGCCGGAGGUUUAUAUGUCCGCCACUCAAUGGGGGUUGAUUCCCUACAAUCGGGUGGCUUCCGUGGCCAUGAAGCUUUACAAAGACAAGUUCUUGAAGCAUGAUCACGAGCGGUUCAGAAAGUAUUUUGCCGAUGUGAAAGCUGGUAAGUCCACCAUUGCGGCGGGUGCUCUGCUUCCGCACGAGAUCAUAGCCUCUCUGAAUAUUGACAGUUACAUGGUGUAUAGAUACAUGGAUAGCGAUGAUGAGGAUCGGGUUCAAGACGAUGGGGGGUGUCAAGUGGCUGAGCUUCAGUGGAAGAGGAUGGUGGAUGACUUGUUGAAGCAGGGGAAGUUGAGGAAUUCCUUGGCGGUUUGUGAUGUCUCCGGAAGCAUGAACGGAGACCCGAUGGACGUGUCUGUGGCGUUGGGGCUUCUGUUGUCGGAAUUGAGUGCAGAUCCAUGGAAAGGAAAGGUUAUCACUUUCAGCGCGUCGCCUAAGCUGCAUUUGAUCGAAGGCGAUGAUCUCCGGGCCAAGUGUGCGUUCAUGAGAGACAUGGAUUGGGGGGACAACACCAAUUUCCAAAAGGUGUUUGAUUUGCUUCUCGAGGUGGCCGUGAAGGGGAACUUGAAGCCGGAGGACAUGAUAAAAAGGGUGUUUGUGUUCAGCGACAUGGAGUUUGAUGAAUCCUCGGCUACAGGGAACGAUUGGGAGACCGAUUACGAGGCAAUUAAAAGGAAGUUUGAAGAGAAAGGGUAUGGGAACGCGGUGCCACAGAUAGUGUUUUGGAAUCUGAGGCACUCGGAGGCUACUCCUGCGCCUUCGAACCAACCUGGGGUGGCAUUCUUGAGCGGAUUCUCGAAGAACUUGAUCAAGAUGUUCAUGGAUAAUGAUGGGGAAAUCCGCCCGGAUCGCAUCAUGGAAGCAGCCAUCUCCGGUGAAGAGUAUCAGAGAUUGGUUCUGGUGGACUGAUUGCUUGCAAUGCUAGAGAUUAAAAAAGAAAACAAGUGAAAUGAAACUCAAGUUAUACCCUUUUUGAUCCAUUGCUGUAGUCAAAUCAUAUGUUUAUGGAUUUUCUAACAACAUCAGACUAACAAACGAUUCGAAUUCCUGUCUCAAGAAACUGAAUUCUGUUUGCCGGUGGCCAACCGCGAUCGGAAAUCUUCUGUAUCAUGUUCUUCCCUUCAAAUGAACAAUGUGUUUUGUUUCGGAAUACAACCGGCAUUGUUUUCGUGGCAUUUGCAGUUUAUAAACGGGCACUAUUACCCGCGGGUACAA